GAGGACUGAGGGGAGAGACAGAUAGCGAGCGCGCGCGAGAGAGAGAGAGAGAGAGAGAGAGGGGCUGUUAGAGAGAAAAAGAUCAGCUCAGGAGAACAGAAGUGAAAAACAGGAGCUAGAUCUAGUAUUUUUGUAUUGUAGAAACCUUUUUUUUGGUUUAGGAUUUUUAAUACGGGUAAUUAAUAAGCUAACGCGGCGUAGCUAAGCUAAGUGUAAAGCAGCUAGCCAAGGAAAGCUAAGCUAGCAGCUAACCAAAAAUGGCGAGAUUUCAAUAACGGUGUCUUUCUUUUCUUUGUGUUUUCUUGUUUUUUUUUUUUUUUAAGAUUUGCCCGUUUUUCUGUGGGGCCUUAUUCUUAUUGAUUUUUUCGAUUCCGGCGAUUAUUUGUGACUGAAAUACCUGACGAGCUUGAAUAAACCGAGAGAAUAUAAAAGUAAAAUGGCGGAACCGGACAAAUUAAACAUCGACUCCAUAAUACAGCGGCUCCUGGAAGUUAAAGGUUCUCGGCCCGGCAAGAACGUGCAGCUGACGGAGAACGAGAUCCGCGGCCUCUGCCUCAAAUCCCGUGAGAUCUUCCUCAGCCAGCCCAUCCUGCUGGAGCUGGAGGCGCCGCUAAAGAUUUGCGGUGACGUUCACGGUCAGUACUACGACCUGCUGCGGCUCUUCGAGUACGGCGGUUUCCCCCCUGAGAGUAACUACCUGUUCCUGGGCGACUACGUGGACCGAGGGAAGCAGUCUCUGGAGACCAUUUGCCUCCUGCUGGCCUACAAGGUCAAGUACCCCGAGAACUUCUUCCUGCUGAGGGGCAACCACGAGUGCGCCUCCAUCAACCGCAUCUACGGCUUCUACGACGAGUGUAAGAGACGGUAUAACAUCAAACUGUGGAAGACCUUCACAGACUGCUUUAACUGCUUACCCGUGGCCGCCAUCGUUGACGAGAAGAUCUUCUGUUGCCAUGGAGGCCUCUCUCCCGACCUGCAGUCCAUGGAGCAGAUCCGGCGUGUGAUGCGCCCCACAGACGUGCCGGAUCAGGGCCUGCUGUGCGACCUUCUGUGGGCCGACCCGGACAAGGACGUGCUGGGAUGGGGAGAGAACGACCGCGGCGUCUCCUUUACCUUCGGCGCAGACGUGGUGGCCAAAUUCCUGCACAAACACGACAUGGACCUCAUAUGCAGGGCGCAUCAGGUGGUGGAGGACGGGUACGAGUUCUUCGCCAAGAGGCAGCUGGUCACGCUCUUCUCCGCUCCAAACUACUGCGGGGAGUUCGACAACGCCGGGGCCAUGAUGAGUGUCGACGAGACACUCAUGUGCUCCUUCCAGAUCCUGAAGCCAGCCGAUAAGAAGCUGUACUCGUACGGCGGCGGAGGCGUAGGCUCGGGGCGUCCGGUCACUCCGCCUCGCAACUCAGCCAAGGGCGGGAAAGCCAAGAAAUAGCACUCGCUAUGCUGGGACCUCCCCCUUCCUCCCCCCUUCCCUUUAUUUACCCCCCAACCUCAAUAAAGUCCAACCUGUCUCUCUACCUACCUCCCUGCUGCUUCCUUCUUCUCUUUCUCUCUCUCUCUCUCUCUCUCUCUUUGUGUCUCUCUCUCACUCUGUCUCACCAAACACAUACAGAGUACCCAGGGUUCUCCUCCUUCCUCUCUCUCUCUCUCUCUCUCUCUCUCUCUCUCUCUCUUCCUGUCUCUCUUUGACGCAGUGCGAGUGUUUGUGAGUAAGCGUGAGGUUUUAUUCCUUCCUUCUCCUCAGAGAGACUUUUCCAGGCCCUGGCCUCGUACUGUUUGUUUGCUUGGUUUUUUUUUUUUUUUUUCUUUUUUCUCCAACGCUGAUCACAUCGCUGCUGUCGCUGCACUUCCUGUUUCAGAGCCAGUCUGAUUAUGAACUGUAAUACACACACACACACACACAUACACAUGCAGAGCCCCCUACUCUGGGAGAAUAGCUGAUGAUUAAUAUUAUGACGCACAGGGAGCCGGCGAUGCCGACGUGCAGCGUGAGCGGGACAGAACUCGUCACAGGUGCAGAAUUUCCAUUUAGAAUUUAGACACGUUUGAGAAACAAUCAUGAUACCUUUUUUUGUGUUUUAAUUUACUUUUCUUUCUUUCUAUUCCCCCCUUCCUUUAUUUGUUUAUUUGUAGAAUCACGAAGAAAAGCUUCGAAUGCUUAUUUUCACACUUAUUUUGUGUUCUUUGUUUUUUUGUAGUCUCUUUUUUGAGAAUCAAUUAUCAAUAAAGAGAACUGUUUAUUUAAAAAACA